AUGGCUGACCCUUCCUGGAAAGACGGCAUCUUACUCAAGAUUGUCAAUGUGCUCGCUUACUUCCUCUUCUUGGGAUCCAACAUCUACACCAUUGCUGCGCCCUCAGACAUCUACUUCACUGGCAAGGAAACGUACAUUACGCCGGCGCCUUGGGCUUUUUUGAUCUGGUCCCUUAUACACCUUCUUCUCCUGGGAACCAUCAUCUACCAGUUCUUCCCGGGAGGCAAGCAGGUCGUUAUCGAUGGAAUCUCUUGGCGUUUCCCUCUCCUCGGUGUCCUCAAUGCCAUUUACGUCAACCUCUGGGCAAGCCAUCAUUACAUCGUCGCCUUCAUCUUUGCACUCUUCGUAUCCUCCGCUGUAACUCACAUCUAUUACAUUGUCAAGAAGCAUCAUUCGCCCCAGUCCUCGGCUGACGAGGUCUUCGUCCACCUUCCUUUCUCUUUGUACCACGGAUGGACCACAGUCUUGGUCAUUUUGACCGCCUUUGAAGCUUUCGGUGUCAAUGCGCUCGAACGCAAAGCAGGUGUUUGGACCAAAGUCUUUGUAUUCCUUGGACUGUUCUUCUUGGAGGGAACCGCCGCGACAUAUGCGUUCUCGAGCCCAGAAGGCGAUCUCCCAGCAUCUGUUGCUAUUGCAUGGUCAUUGUUCGCUAUAUUUGCUCACCAAACAUCGUCGGGUUUCAUCCAUUGGUCCUCACUCGCGUUCUCGAUCUUAGCUCUCGUCUGGGUCGUCAAGGGUGCCGUUGGGCUGUUCGGAAGGUCCAGAAGCGGUGCUGUUAGGCUCGAAGACCCUGAGAGAGCUCCUUUAAUUCCUGGAUCUACUUAA